GAUAAAUAUCGAAUUUCGUAUAAAAGAUAGUCGUUUCCUAACUAUAGAUAUCACAAUUCGUUUACCUCUUCGCUUACAAAGAAGUCCAAAAACUCAAAAUUAACAAAAUGUUCAAAUUGUUCGCUGUCUGCUUCUUGGCUGUCUUCGCUGUUGCCUUCGGUGCUGCUAAACCCGGUCUCUUGGCUGCCCCAUUGGCUUACUCUGCACCAUUAGCUGCUGCCCCAGUUGCUGCUGCCUAUGCCGCUCCAUUCGCCGCUGCUUACUCCGCCCCUCUCGCCUACACCGCAGGAUAUGCUGGUUACGUCGCACCCUACGCCAGCAGUUACUCAGCUCAUUCGAUUGCGCACUCCGCUGCUUUCCCAGCUGCCUAUGCCGUUGCUCCAGUAGUCGCUGCUGCUCCUCCAGCUGUCGCUUUGUUGAAGAAAUAGAAAACUAAUUCAAUUUUUUCAUAAUGUAGUCGAAAAUCUGACCCAUUGCGAGUUGUAACGAAAUCAAGAUAAAAAGUUGAUAGAAAAAGAAGAAUUCAAA